AAUAUAUCAAAGAGUAGGAAGGAUAGCAAUGAAGUUAAAUUGAAUAAGCAAAACAUGUCGGAGACUAUGAAAAUUCAUUCCUCAAAUGCAUGUUCCAAAGAUCACAAGUCUCGAGAAAGGGCUUCAAUUGAAAAAUAUGAGAAAAAGCUCAUGACACUUCGGGUUCCGAAGAUUUCGGCCACUCAAAAAUAUAUUUACAUUUUUGGCGAUGUAGAAUGCAACCUAGUCAGUGCCCAAAAAAAUUCAGAUAAUUACGUUGACGGUAAAAAAUUGUUUAAAGUAAUAAGUAAAAUUUUAUUUCAAUUUCCAAAAAAGUCUGGUCAGAAUCAAUUUAAAAGUAAAAAAAUGAAAACAAAUUUUUUGAAACGUCAAGAAAGUUUUAUAGCCAAAGAUUUGCAGUUAUUGGAUAUUGAAAAACAGUUGAAAAAUAUUCAAUCACAAAAACAGGCAAUUAACAAAUUAAUUUAUAAAGAUUUGAAAACUAUAAAGUAUAAUUGGCAAGAUGUGAAAAAUAAGGCAAAUUUAAAAAAUAAGAGUUACAGCAAUUUUUCAUAUGUCAAAAAAUUGUGUGAUACGCUUGAUAAGACAAGUCUGCAGGUCGAUUCUCUUUGUCGCUCUUUUACCGAAUUUGAUCAAUCAAACAUUAAUAGAUUUGACAGCUUAAAUGCAAUUAGUAAAGCAAAUAAUACUUUUGAAUUGACAUACGAUAAAGGUGAUAGUAGCAAUAUAACUCAAAAUAAAAAUUAUAACGAGCCGUUACACAUAUUUUCUAAUAAUAUUGAAAAUAAUGAAAUGAAGCAGUACGUAAAGGACAGCUAUAGUAAUUUAAAAGUAAUAAAGGAUAAUGAAAUAAUUAAAAAUCGUUUGGUAAAUUAUGCAUCAAACAUUAAAAACAAGUAUAAUGAACAAAUGGAAAAGAUGAGCUCCAAUCCUGAAAAUAAAAUCAAAAUGGUAGUUAAUAUAAAUGAUUGUCCGAGUAUACAAGAUAACAAUGCUACGAAUAAUAGUAAACAACUAUUAAAUGGACCAAACAAUGAGGGCCAAUUAAGUAACAAGGACAAAUGUAUGAGAACCGAUAAUUCAGAAUGCCUUCAACCGAUAAAAAAGAUUUGUAAUGCCUCGAAUCAGGCUGAUACAGCUACUACAGCUAAUUUUAUGAAUAAAUAUCCAGUUUAUAUCCAUAGUAUACUUCCUAAAAUAUUCAACUCGAAAUAUUUGAGAAAAUCAUGUGGUUUUGAUUAAUAAAGUAUGCUGUAUAUAUAUUUACU